AUGGCUCGCCCAGACUCCUUGCCUACUAGGCUUCCUCGUAUAAGCACACCCUCCUCCACGGGUUAUCACAAUUCAUCUACUGUUUCUACCACAUUUUCUGCCCAACGAAACCUCAAUUCUUCACGGCCGUCAAAAGCACAUAUAGUUGAAGGUAACAAAAUGAUGCGCAAUAUUGAUCGCCCCCCGCCCGGUGAUCCGAUGACGACCCGCAAGUCUCAAUUACACCCGGACCUCAGCAAAAAGAGAAGCGCCUACUUCGAGAGUGAAUUUGCAGCGACCAACCGAGAUCCAGAUCCGGUCAAGGCUCGUGUACAAAACGAAGCCAUUGUCAUGGCCGAUUUGAGAACGAAUGUCAUCAUCAAGGACGAGUUCUCUUUUAUAACGGAUCUUUCAUACCACCUAUCCAACAGAUAUCAAAGGCCGAUAUCUUCCAUUGUCAUCAACGUAAAUCAUGGUUGCUGUAUGAUGUUUGGAGGAACCUUCGAUCCGGCAUACACCUUGACAAUACACGCACUUCCCUGUUUGGUCCAGCCGACCACCAACAAGAGGAAUGCGGCACUCAUUCAACGGCAUGUCCAAGAGACAUUAGGAGUUAUCAAAUCUAGGGGCUACGUGCGUUUUGUCGCUACCCCUGAAGAAAAUGUCGCCAUCGGAGGCAAGACCGUUGCUGCCGAAAUCGAUGAAUCAAGUAAUGCCAUGAUCGAGGACAAGCCUGCCGAGACUAGAAAGCACGCCAAGUCAAAUAAAAGAAUUGGCGUCAAGUCUUUUGGUGGGUUUAGGUCAGCUUCUAUGACAGAGCUUGCCAAGGUUCCUACGCCGCCACCAAGUAUCUCGGACGAGACUACACCCAUCACAACAAUUCCGGAAGUACCUCCCACACCGCCCGAAGACGACAGGUUGGGCGAAUUAGUGGAGCAGAAACCGGUGAAGACGGCGCCGCGCCGCAGAAGUCUCCGAUUUAGCCUCUUUAGUGGAAAGGCAGUGGCCUGA